GUGUUGUGACAGCCAGUAACAGACUGUGAGAAUGUGUGUGUCAAUAAGAGGCAGAGAGUGAGAGGAGCUAGCGGAGAGCGGUGAAGCUUCCUCUUUGGGAUCUUUGUCAGAGUUGUUGAAUUUUGGGACAGCAGCAGCAGCAGCAGCAGCAGCACUCCAUCUCCAUGAGCUGCAGCGGACAGGUCGUUUAAUUGUGCGGUUGGAGCAGACAGCCUGCAGCGGCUCAUCACCAGCAGCUCCAUCAGGAUCUUCAUGUGACGCAGGGAGCCGUGGACAACUCAGCGGACAUGGAUCGCCUGAACAGGAACGUACCUGAGCUCGGGCGGCAAACUCACCAGGUGUUACAGAGUACCCCGCUGGAUUUAAUCGAGACUGGAAAGGGCCUGAAGUUUCAAGCGGAGCGCCCCCACCUGGUCAGCCUGGGCAGCGGACGACUGAGUACCGCCAUCACCUUGCUGCCCCUGCCUGAGGGCCGCACCUCUCUGGGCUAUGGUGCAGUGGACAUCAACAUCCAGGGCCCUGGGGUGGCCGCCCAGCACUGUUACAUCGAGAACAAGUCGGGGGUCAUCACGUUGCAUCCCUCUGGGAACCUCUGUGCUGUUGACGGACUCCAGGUCCAACAGCCCACUCGUCUGUCACAAGGCUGUAUGCUGUGUUUUGGACAGUCGGCCUUCUUCCGCUUCAACCACCCUGAGGAGGCCUUCAGGAUGAAGAGCAUGAUGCCUCAUGGAGGAGGUGUUCGCACUGGGAGCUACACUCUGUGUCCGGACACUGAGAGUUUGGUCAAUGGGAAUCACCAGGCCAAUUCAUCCCAGUCUCCCGCAGCUCAUGGAGACAGAGUCCAGUCUGAGCACAGUGCGAUUGUCAGCUCCAUUGAGAAGGACCUCCAGGAGAUUAUGGAUUCCUUAGUCAUGGAUGACCCCGAGCCCUCCUCCUCUGAGGCUAAAAAGCCCCCUGGAGGGCAGUCCAUGCACCACUCCCCCUUGUCCCCUAUGGUCAAUGGAGGGGGGAGGUAUUUACUAUCCCCUCCCACCAGUCCAGGGGCCAUGUCAGUGGGGUCCAGCUAUGAAAAUACCUCUCCUCCUUUCUCCCCCCUUUCCUCCCCCUCAGCUGCCAGCAGCGGGAGCUUUACCAGCCCAUCACCUGGUGGAGGACUCCAGGACCAGAGUUCUUCUCUGCCACCUGUGCCUAUACGCUCUUCUAGCUACAACUUCAGCUCCCAGCCCCCACCUGUACCCCUGCCAAGGACCAUACUGCCUAAUUUCAGCAGCACUGGGGUGGGCCAGAAGAUUCAGGAAAGCCCCAGGCUGCCGAGGAACGUCUUAACCGAGACCCCUCCAAGCCCCAAGCCAAGCCGGAGGGGAAUGAGUCAAGGUGGCUCUGAGAGCCCUCGACAGACACCUCUUGUUUCUUCUAGUGAAUCUCUCAGCAGUAAAAACAUUGUGCCAACCAGCCCCAGAGUCACCCCCAAAUUCCCGACCUGUCCAUCACCAUCGCCCUCUAGUCCCAGGACCAAGACCGCCACGGUGCUCCAGGAAAGGCCUGCCAGUCCCUUCAAAGAGCAAACCAUCUUAGCCGAUCACUCCCUGAAUUCCAGCCCCUCCUGGCAGCUUUCACAGUCUAGUAAGGCUUUCCAGCCUCCCCUCGAUCCCAUUGUUCACGUUAUCCAAGGAUCUCCUCUCCAGCAGCAUCCACGGUCACUCCAGCCCCCUGAAAGCCCCCGGUUGGCACGGAGGAACUUGGAAUUGAACGGGGGAAGUGCAGGGGGCAGCAGUAUGAGAGAGCUGCCACCACUGAGUCCUUCAUUAGCUCGGAGAGGGGUCCCAGUCCUUCCAGGGGCCCUCCCAGGAACAAUUUCCACACUGAGGACUCCAGACAGCCCCUCGUGUCUCGGCAGGAUGGUACCAGAGAGUCCGAGGCUGCGGCGCAAAACCGGAUCUGCGUCAGAGGAACCGUCUUGUAGCAGAGGGAUGCGAGUUCGCAGUCCGUCCCCGACGUUCAUGAUGAUGGAGGGCAGCAGUGGUGCAGGGAUACGCAAGACUAGCUUUGGGAAUUCCUUAUCACCUGCGUUCAGUCUGGGCUCCCUGCCUGGCUCAUCGCCAGUAGCCAGCCCCAGGACCCAGAGGAAAAUGUCCUUAGGGAGGCCCCACCCAGGAAUGCGAGAGAGGAAGAACAGCAUCACAGAGAUCAGCGACAACGAAGAUGAACUGCUGGAGUACCACCGGCGACAGAGAGAGGAGCGGCUCAGGGAGCAGGAGAUGGAGAGGCUGGAGAGGCAGCGUCUGGAGACCAUCCUGACCCUCUGCGCCGAGUACAACAAAGGUGAGAGCGCAGGGCUGGACCCCCUGGGCUCGGGAAGGAUGGGUUUCCCCGGGAGUCUGAGCGAGUGCUCGGGGCGGCGGCCGUCCGUGGAGAACAUCCUCGGGGGAACGCCAACGUCGGCGGCCGCUCUCCGGCUGGCGCAGAGACAGCGGGAGAGCGACGAGGAGAACCUGAAAGAGGAGUGCAGCAGCACGGAGAGCACCCAUCAGGAGGUGAGGACGUCUCCUGCUCCCAGCACAGCGGCAGCAGCGCUGCACAAUGGAGAGCGACAGCACGAGGACUCCUCCAGCUCAGGCAGCGCAGGUCGUUCAGAGCUGACUUAUCUGGAAGAUGAGAGGGUCCGCGUUCUGGCUCGGGUCGACGAGCUCAAAACCCGGCUCACCGAGCUGGAACAGCAACUCCAGGAAUCCGAACAAGAGGCGGAGAUGGAGCGGGCCCUGCUGCAGGGCGAGACGCAGGCCGAGCUGGAGCACAUGGAGGCCGAGACGGACGUGGUCAGUCAGCUGCAGCACAAGCUGGAGGAGAUGGAGAGCGCCAUCCAGAGGGAGAAGGACAAGGAGAGGGCUAAUGUUGAGGCCGAGCGCCGGGCCUUGCAGAGACUCCAGGAGGGCUAUGCUGAGCUGAAGAACCAGCUUCAUAACUGUCCCGAGUCGCUGCGGGAACAGUUGCAGGACCAGCUCAAACGGGACGGAGAGGCACUGGAGGCAGGGACCAAAAAGUUUGAGGAUCUGGAGUUUCAGCAGCUGGAGAGGGAGAGCAGCCUGGAGGAGGAGAGGGAGACCAUCAGCCAGCAGCUUCUUCAGGAGAAGGCCGAGUACCACCGCAGCGUGGCCAAGAGGAAGGAGAAGGUUUCUGCUCUGGAGAAGCAGGCCAACCAGCUCGGCCAGCAGGCUUCCCAGGAGUGCGAGCGGCUCGCCAAAGAUCGGACGCUCACGCUGCAAAUGCUCCAAAAGGAGAAGGAGCGGCUGACGGCUCUAGAGAAGAGAUACCACGCCCUGACAGGAGGAAGGAGCUUCCCCAAGUCUUCCUCCACCAUGAGAGAGGAGGCGCUCCUUAUGAGUGGGGCCGAGCUGUUGCUGGGGGACGCCCGCUCCUCCCAGACCUCCCUGUGUGGAGCCUCUCCUUCCUUCCUACAGCCCUCCCCCCUCUGUCAGCUGUUCCCCAGCAGCCCCACAGAGGAGUAUGUGACAGUGGGCCAGUUAAGUCAGAUCUAUGGGAUGCCCAAGGUGGAGUCUUCCCCUACCUCCCCGCUCCGCCAGCCCCUGCACCCCGGAGCAGUAGGCCCCGCCUUCUCCUGCCCCCCCACCCGGCAUGGCUCCUCCCUGUCGCUGUCUGUAGAGCUCCAGUCUGAGGCCAGCAGGUCUCAACUGCCCAAGCUAGAUUUAGAGCAGUGGUACCAGGAGCUGAUGGCCGGCUCCACGCAGCUCGGUGCACCCGCUCUGCCGGCCAAGUCGCCGUCAGGCCGCAGAGCUGUGCUGCAGGUUUUUCGCUCUAAGCUGGACAGCGAUCCUGGCCUUCCUCUCCACCAGUCAAAGUCAGGCUCCUCGUCCCCUCUGCAGCAUGGAGCAGCGACGCUGGGGCGCAACUCGAGCUCCAAGAGCCCCCUGCUGGCAGCCGGCAGCACCGGAAGCCUGCCGAGGAACCUGGCCGCGACUCUCCAGGACAUCGAGACCAAGAGACAGAUCGCUCUGCAGCAGAAAGGUCAGCAGGUGAUCGAGGAGCAGCGCCGUCGUCUGGCCGAGCUCAAACAGAGAGCUGCGGCCGAGGCUCAGUGCCAGUGGGAGGCGCUGCAUGGCUCCCAGCCUCACCUCGGAAGCUCCUCGUCCUCCUCUUACUCCCCCAUCAUGGCCAACAGUCCCACCCUGAGCCACAACUCCUCCGGCCCCCCUCCAAUGGUGCACCACUCCAUCCUGCACCACCACCCGCCGUCAGCCGGAGAGCAGCCCUACGACACCCUGAGCCUGGAGAGCUCCGACAGCAUGGACACCAGCGUGUCCACGGGGAACAACUCGGCCUGCUCGCCUGACAACAUGUCCGGCGUCGGAGCCGGGGACGUGCUGAAGAUCGAGGAGAUGGAGAAAAUGCUGAAGGAGGCGCAGCUGGAGAAAGCCAGACUUAUUGAGUCGCGGGAGCGAGAGAGCCUGGCUCGCCGUCAGAUGCUGGAGGAGGAGAGGAGGAGGAGGGAGGAGGCCGAGAAGAGACUACAGGAUGAAACUUUCCACAGGCAGCAGCUUGUGGAGAAGGAGGUCAAGAUGAGGUCCAAGAACUUUUCUCAGGCCCGGCCCAUGACCCGCUACCUGCCCAUCAGGAGGGAGGAGUUUGACCUGCGCUCGCACGUUGAGUCCUCGGGCCACAGCGUAGAGACGUGCUACCACGUCAUCCUCACAGAGAAGAUGUGCAAGGGCUACCUGGUGAAGAUGGGAGGCAAGAUCAAGUCCUGGAAGAAGCGUUGGUUUGUGUUCGACCGCCUCAAGAGGACCUUCUCCUACUACGUUGACAAACACGAGACCAAGCUGAAGGGCGUGAUCUACUUCCAGGCUAUAGAAGAGGUCUAUUAUGAUCACCUCCGUAGUGCCACGAAGAGCCCCAACCCAGCCUUGACCUUCUGCGUGAAGACCCACGACCGCCUCUACUACAUGGUGGCGCCCUCGGCGGAGGCCAUGAGGAUCUGGAUGGACGUGAUCGUCACAGGAGCGGAGGGCUACACACAGUUCAUGAACUGAGAGCGCAGAGUAGGAGCGAGAAGCUUCGGCAGGGACUCUCAUCACCCAAUCCACGGGAUCCGUUCUCGCGACGCCCGUUUGUUACCUUUUUUUUUUUUUUUUUUAAAUCUCGCCAUCCUUUUUUCAUGCAGGUGUUUCCAUCAUCAUGUUUCCAACGUGAUUCUGUUCGGAUUGAAAAAGGGAGCCGCUGACAGACAUCUACACACACACCUAAACACAUCUCUGUAUAUAAACCAAAAUGUCCGCCUGUCCAGGACUAUACAAAGCCUUUCUAUAUUGCCAAAACGAGAUCUUGUAGUUACUGUUGAAUAUUUUCUAUGAUUUGUUUUUCUUUUUUUACAUAGAAAAAAAAAAAAAAAAGCCAAAUGACACGUUGCCAAUGUUUUACAGUAUUCUAUCAUCACUUUUAAGUAUAGAGGCACGAUUUGAAGAAGUCGUUUCACUUCAUUCAGUUUCAGGUGAUGAAACAUUUUAUUAUAAAUGUUUUAGGAAAGGCAGAAAUCAGCCAGUCAGCAGCGACUGGAGAGGAUCUGCGAUCCCAGCAGGGAUGGUCCCCUCAUCUCCAUCCCAGUCAUACGUCAUCAGCCAGGCUUACCAAAGGAACUGAUUAUCUGUAGGUACAGUGCAACCCCUCUCAAAAGGCGGCUCAUUAUAACCGCUAUGUGCAGUAUUUAGUUUCUCCUGCACCGUCAAACACAUACAAGAGAAAACCUCAAUCAUUUCUUUGCUUCAAAGCUGUCAGAUGUGGUUGAGUUGAACUGAAAGCGCUAAAUCUCCUCGCAUGCAGGACAGCUAGCCCGAAGAUUGAGCAGAGAAAAGCUGCAAAAUAUUAAAGGAAUUAUUAAUGAGUAAUUUUGCCUGAAAUGCCGUCCCUGUCUGCUAGAUCUCCUGGGUCAGUCAGAGUCUUUGAAAGACAUUCGUGUUGAGCAGACAGCUUGUCUAAACAUUCUAUCAUUUAUUUAUUGGUUAUCCUUUAUCUGUGACUGGUUGAAAUUAAAGAAGUUCUUUUUUUGUCAGAAUUGCAGUCAAAAACGUAGUUAAAGCAGCUUUCACCAUCAAGCUCUCCACAAGACCUUUUGGCGUCGCCUCGCUUGCUUUAGAACACGGACUUCACAUGUUUUAACACUUUUUCCAUUCUAUGUUGAUUUAAGAAAAAGGGUGUCUAAAGUCUGGCCCCGGGGACCAUUUGUGGCCCCUGGACUGAUUCUUACAAUGGUAAAAGUCAGAACACUUCAAAAAGUUUUAGCCUUUUAAGUAACCACACAUUGUUCUUUUUAACACAACCACCAUAUAUCCAGUGAAUUUUACUUUAGGUCACUUUAGGCUUUGGUGCUGCCGAGUCUUUUUUUGUUUGUUAAUCUUUGCUAAAUGCAUAAAGAAUUUACAAAGAAAGUAGAAAAAGUCAACUCAGAAUAUUAGCUUGUUGGGGACUACUUUUCAAGGCCAAACAUGCAAAACCUUUUUAUGUUCUACAAUCAUCCCUCGACGUUUAAUUCUGUUGAAUGAUUAGUUCAUUUUUUUUUUUUUUUUUUUUUUUUUU